AUUUACUUUCCGGGAAUCAAGUCCAAAGAGUGUGAAGUCAAACUGAUUUUGAAAACUACUGUACCUUCGUUUGAACUGGCGACCACAUGAGGAGCACACAAAGUCCUGCUGCUGAGCGUGAUUUGAUUCUUCAUGGCGCUUUAGAUGCUCCUUGCGUCGGUACCGAGCAUUGCAGCCAGCAAAUCGGCAUCGGAACGUGUUAUGUGCGAAAGAGUCCGAGGGACUCGGAUGGAAAAGGAGUUCGAUUUCGGUUCCGAACCCUCCCAUCUGUACAGUAAAUAUGGCUCUCGCAAUCAGCGUUUCGAAAGAGAUGAGACCUCACCGAGCUCCGCGGGGUGUUCGGAUCGACAGCGUAACUCCACCGCCCACCCGGUUUCCCACCCGGUUUCCCACCUGGUCUCCCACUCGGUCUCCCACUCGGUCUCCCACUCGGUCUCCCACUCGGUCUCCCACCGCUUCCGAUAAGACACAUUUUGAAGCGCUUCAACUCAAAAAGGCUAUCGAUACUCAAAUCAAGCAAAGUCCCGAUAUAAAUACCUCGGAAAUCACAUCCCCUCGCCGUGGAUCAGUUGCCUUCCAAUCUAGCUCUGUGGCCCUCGGAAUUAUGACUCCUUCCAUACUUAUCGUCGGCGCCACCGGCAAUACUGGCCGAGCCGUCGCUCAAACAUUGCCAAAGUUGCUUCAAUCCAGCAGCACCUUAUCCGGGUACCGCGUUAUUGCUCUCACUCGCACUUCGAGCAGUCCGGUAGCACGCGAGCUUGCUAAACUGCCCGGAGUUGAAGUGAUCGAGCAGAACUGGGUUGAGAUCACCGCCGACUGGCUCCGCGAACACCAAGUUGCUAGAGCGUUCAUUGCAUCCCAACCCGAGCCCAACCAAUUUGCCGAAGAGUCGACCUUCCACCUCAAUGCCCUCAAUGCCGGCGUCAAGUAUGUCGUGCGCAUCUCAACUACGGCUGCAAAUGUCCGCCCGGACUGCCCUGCCUACUAUCCACGCCAGCACUGGGCCAUCGAGGCUCUCCUCGGCUCACCCGAGUUCGACAACUUGCAGUGGACCUCUCUUCAGCCAAACAUCUUCUCGCCAUUCGUUAUGUCCCCAGCCGCGGAAUUCAUUAAGAGAUACCGCAAGACCGGAGAGCAGGAUACACUUCGGUUGGUGCCAUCAGAGAAUGCACCUAUCGGCAUUAUCGAUCCUGACGAGGUUGGUGUUUUUGCAGCUCAUCUCUUGUCUCAGGACGACACUUCCACCCACAACAAAGCCAAAUACGUUCUGAAUGGACCCGAGGAUAUAAAUGGGAUGCAGAUUGUUGCAAUGGUUGAGCAGCACAUUGGUACGCCCGUCAAGGAUGUUAGUUAUAAGGACGUCUCGUUCAUCGACAUGCUGUAUGAGAAUCAGUAUGCGGCAACCAAGCAAUCGAAGAACGUCAUCUACUCAAUGACGAGGGCCGCCGAGACAGUGUGGCAAGGAAAAUGCUCAACUUCUACGACCAGCAAGGAGGUCCUGAAGCUUGCUGCUCCAAAGCGUACACCUGCUGAUACCUUGAAGGCUUUACUUGAGGACUAAGGAAAUCAUACGUUGAAAAAGUGGUCCAGGAGGGUGAUACAACUUGCCACCUUGUCUUAAUCUUUGUAUCUCUUUUGGGUAUGAAUAUCCCAUAAAGUUGAACGGCGAAUGGCUCUCUAGCUCCUGUUGAAUCGUGGCCUACCUGUUUCCAGAUAUCGUACCCUAGGCUAUCAAAGCUAGAUUCCUUAAUUCGGCUUUGAAUACAAAUUUAAUAUUUCUGCUCUGCUU